AUGUCUCUGAACGCUACAAAUCCAUUCGAUAAUUCUAUUAAAAUCAAAGGUCCCAAUCGAUCCGACUACGAAGCUUAUAGCUCGAAAUGUUUCUUUUCUUAUCCUCCCAAUGGUACAGGAUUUCAAACGGGUUACCUCGGUAUUGGUCCAUCCAUAGUUUCUGGUAGAUUUCACUUACGUUAUCCUAAAAAUCGUUCAAUAAAUAUUUCAAAAAUUACUUUGGCUUUAAUAGGUAGUGAAUAUAGUGAAUUUGAUUCGGUACAAAAUGAAAAUAAUAAUUUCUUUGAAUCGAAUAUCAUUCUUUGGUCGUCAGCAGUUUCUGAAUUAGAUCUUAUAUUUACAUUUAAACUUGAAGACAAUUUACCUCCUUCCUUUACUUGCAACAAUAUAACAAAUAAUGUUUCAACUUUUGGAGUUAUAUAUAUGUUCGUGGCUACUAUAUAUAAUAAUAAUAAUGGUGUUCAUAAAGUGAUUAGAUGCAUUUGUCCAAUCACACGAUGGAGUUUACCAAAUUUAGUCAAACAACCUGAAUUAUUAACUCGACCUAAAUAUAAUAACCGACAAUUGAAUAAUUUAACUUGUUUUGGCGGUGGAAAUAAAAUUGAAGAUAUUAUUUAUGAUGCAAAACUUGAAAAUAAGACUUAUAACGUAGGAUCAACUUUAAAUCUUUUAGUUUCAUUAAUUUUAUCCCCAACUUUUACUUCUUCGAUAAAAGAGGUACGAUUAGAAAUCAAAGAAUAUCGAAUUUUACAAGAUUCCGGAUAUCAUUUCGAAAAUACUCGUAAACUUAAACAUGUUAAAUUGGAACAUCAAUUAAAAGUUAGAAUUAAAUUUGGUAGGUUUAAAUCUUUAAUAUUAAAAGGUGAAAUCUUAAUUAAAAAGUUUUUGAGUGAAAAGAAGCUUGAUUUGGCAAUUAAAAAUGGAAUGAUUUAUAAUAAAACAUAA